CUCGCCCUCAUCAUGUUAGGCGUUUCCUGGAUGACUGUACCUCCCUGUAUAAACUAUCUCAAACCUCAAGCACUCUGCACUACAACGUUUCUGCUCCAUCCCGAUCUGAUCUCUGUGCUGCAGCCAUGACUGAGUUGGAGAAAUCCAUGGAGUCCCUGAUCACGGUGUUUCACCGUUACGCCAAGGAAGGUGGCAAUAAAACGACCCUGAGCAAGAAGGAGCUGAAAAAGCUGAUUGAGAAUGAGUUGCCCAACUUCUUAACAACCCAGAAAAACCCCGACACGGUGUCGUGCAUCAUCAAGGAUCUGGACCAGAACAAGGACGAUGAGCUGGACUUUGAGGAAUUUGUCCCCUUCGUCGCUGGACUGACAAUCGCCUGUGAGAAGCAUUACGCUUUGCACCACGAAAAGAAGGGCAAGAAGUGAAGGGCUGACGAAAGACCAAGGAAUUGUUUAAGAUUAAGAGUAUUUUUCUGAGUUGUAUGACACAUUAAAAAGUAACCUUUGAAAAUA